AUGUUCAAAUCACAGCCUGAGGCAUUUACUUCUUCUCAUCAAUCAUCCACAGCUCUUCAAAUAUUGGAUGUUUUGGAAGCAUCAAGCUCCGAAUACCUAUUUACAAGUGUGGCUAUUUCUUCUCAUCAUCAUCAUGAAGAGCCUUUUUGUGAGAAGAAUAGAAUCGUCAACAGCACGACAACCACAGCCCAUACAAAAUGGAAAUCAUCCAGCCUUCCCAACAUCAAGCAACAUACAACAACAUUGAAAGCUCUCAAAAAACCACCCGCUCAGUCGUAUCCUUCUUGCACUAUGUUGAUGGCAGGUGGGGAAAGUUCUGGACUGGUUUCAAUUUGGCAACUCUCUGAAGAGAAGGGUCAAUUGUUGAAUCGCGAACCUAUUCUACUGCUCGCUCACAGCGAUGACGAAGUGAUGAGCGUAUGUUUUGGAACCAGAAAGAAGGAACUAUUUUGCUCAGCCUCCAAUAAGGUGAUUAAAUUAUGGAAUAUUUAUGCUUGCCUGCAAGGAGUUCAACAAGACGGAGUAAUUAUUGGAACAUAUUUAGGAAAUGUGACAUUUGUCAAGUUCAGCGAUGAUGACAAUUUGUUAUGUAUUGGGUUGGAGGAAACAAUUCUUAUUUAUCACAUCAAUGAAGGAAGAGUAAUUUUGCAAUUGGAUGGACAUCACUGUCCUGUCACGGAAAUUAUUUUUUUGCAAUCUUUCCCACAUUAUUUAAUUAGUAUAUCUGAAGAUCGAACAUUUAAGAUAUGGGACAUUCGGGAACGAAAAGUACUUUAUAAAUCGGGAGUUCUAUCACCAUAUCCAAUCAUUUGUGUUUGUGAAGAACCUGACACAAACAGAUUCUUUUUAGGUUUUACGAAUGGUAUCAUUCAAGUUUAUGAAAUUAGUAACGACAAAAGCUCUCAGUGCUUGUGGGUAAAAUUAUUGCAUGAAUUUGACCUUUCAAAGAAGGUAAAAAAAUUUUUAAAGCCAGAGUGUAAAAAACCCAUUCCAACGUUUGAAAUCAUUAGUAGCGAACCUGUGUGGAAGCAACAACAUAAUUUCAUUCAGCAACAAUUUCGUGAAGAUGAAAUUUCUGACUCGGAUCAACAGGAAAUUGAUGAAGAAAUUUAUGUCAUCAAGAUGAAUUUCUUCAACAAAAACGAUUUAAAUUUUAUGAUGAUUUGCAGCAGAACAAUGGCUAUUGAUAUUAAUUUAUCUUCUUUUGAAAUUAAUCGGAUAUAUAAUAUUUCAAAAUUGACAGCAGAAUGCCAGGACUUGUUUCACACGUUUGCGUGUAAGUCAGUAGAUGACUGUACCACAAGAUUAAUCGCAGCAAGUGCUGUCAAACCACAUAUUUGUGUGAUGGAUGUUAAUCACCAAGCGAUCGAUCUGAAUAUUUUGAACAGGCAAACAGAGGUGACAACAACAACGCAAGGAAGCUCAACACCUAAUGGAACAUCAAAUGAACAAUCUUCUGAGAUUAGCUCUAUAACUUAUCAUUCUGAGUUACCUGUUUACUUGAAAGGAACCUUAACGAAAAUCACACCCAACACGACAACCACGAAAAAAGGUCUUUUGAAGAACCAUCCAACCACAUUCACCAAUCGCAUCAAAUCUUCUGGCUAUUCAGAGGCUCCAUUUAUGCACAAGAAAAAGUCUUCCUCCUCAAGCACUGGAACUUUGAGAUCAACGAAAAGAGAACCCAUGAUAGAUGCUUCCUCAUUGCCACACUCCCCACCCAUUCAUCUGUCAUGUGAUGUUAAACUCCAUUCAUCACCAAUUUUGUGCCUCUCUCUGUCUCCAAACAAAGAAAACCUUUGUACUGGAUCUAACAGUGGCCUGGCUCUCCUCUCCAAAUCACCACUCUCAAAAUCUACUAAAGGAAUACCUUUGGAAAAGCAUACAAAUUCUGUGACAAAUGUGAGCUGGUCUCUCACAUCCAAGUUAGUACUCACUUCAAGCUCUGAUUGUAGUGCAAUUAUGUGGAAAAAUGGAAAGAAAGGAAUUGAACCAGUGAUUCAUAUGAAAACUAUUUUAGGAAAUAUCAAAAAUAGUGGCACAGAUGUUAAGAAAAUGGAAUUGGAGUUCAAAUCGUCUGUGAACAAUGCGCAGUUCUAUCAUCAAGACAAACUUGCCACUCUCUCGAGCUCCAACAAGCUCUACUUUUACAAAUAUUACAUUCAUAAGGAAAACAACACAGACCAAAAGUUUUUAAAAAAAAAAGUUGAAAACCACAAGUUCAAACUAUCACAUGUAUUCGAAAGCAAGCAAGCUCAAAAAAUCUCAUCUUUAGCAUGUCCAAAUGUUUAUCUUUCCAAUUAUAUUUUAAUGGGUUACUCUAGUAAGAGUUUAGAGUUGUAUGAUGUUUGUAAAGAUAUGGUCGUGAGGUCGAUCGAGUCGGCACAUGAAAGACCCAUUCACACAAUUACGCUAAAUAAUUCUCCAAAUGCUUCCAGCGAUUCCAUUAAUUUAUUUCUUACUUCAUCUGUGGAUGGAUGUGUGAAAUUAUGGGAUCUUCGACAAAAAGACUAUGUGAGAAGAUACAGUCAACACAAAAAUUCCAUUCACACCAUUGGAUUGGAUUUCAGUCCUUGCAUGAGAUAUUUAGCAUCUGGCAGUGAAGACCGUUGUGUGUACUUGUAUGAUUUGACCACUUCAGAGAAGUGUGUCGAGAAAAUCAUUUCAUGUCAUUCCGAUGUGGUGAGUGAUGUUGAAUUUAAAAAUUAUUCAACAUUAUUGAGCUGUUCAUUUGAUGGGAAAGUGAAUACUUACACAUGUUCUCAGACCUCAAUCACAAGUAAAUCGUCUCCACUAAGGGUGUAA